UCCGUGAUCGCCUCUGCCUCUGCCUCUGCCUCCAACGUGCUUUCCUCCUCGCCCUCCAAACUUCUCUGCCUUCGUACCAAAACCACCGCAGACGCUGCAAUCGAAGGGGGAUCGGAGCGGUCUCCUCUCUUCUCUGGCGAGAUGACGGCCCUGCGCGGCCUGCUGAGAGGAAACGCCGCCGUCAAUACGCGCACGGCGGGGAGGUGGAUCUCGUCUGUGGCAGCGGAAUCGGGCUUCUCGUUCCCGGCGAGCCAGGCCCGAAAGGGGGUGGCGCCGAGGAGGGAUCCCGGGAGCCGGAACGUGCAGUGGGUGUUCCUGGGCUGCCCGGGCGUCGGGAAGGGGACCUACGCGAGCCGCCUCUCUCGGCUCCUCGGCGUGCCCCACAUCGCCACUGGCGAUCUCGUUCGUGACGAGCUCGCAGCCACGAGUCCUCUCUCCAAACAGCUCACAGAAAUUGUAAAUCGAGGACACUUAGUGUCUGAUGAGAUCAUCAUCGAUCUGUUAUCCAAGCGUCUUGAAGAUGGAGUGGCUAAGGGUGAAUCAGGAUUUAUUCUUGAUGGUUUCCCACGAACAAGAAGACAAGCAGAAAUACUAGAUGGAGUAACAGAAAUUGAGCUGGUUGUCAACUUAAAGCUCAGAGAAGAUGUACUGCUCGCUAAGUGUCUCGGGAGAAGAAUUUGCAGCCAGUGUGGAGGCAACUUUAAUGUUGCCUCCAUUGAUAUCAAGGGUGAGAAUGGCAGGCCAGGUAUUGCUAUGCCCCCACUUCUACCUCCUGAACAUUGCAUGUCAAAACUCAUUACCAGAGCGGAUGACACUGAAGACGUGGUGAAGGAACGACUCCGUUUAUACCAUGAAUUGAGUCAACCAGUGGAAGAGUUUUACCGCAUCCGUGGGAAGCUCUUAGAGUUCGAUUUGCCUGGAGGAAUUCCCGAGUCUUGGCCGAAGCUAUUGCGGGCUCUGAAUCUUGAUGACCAUAAUGAAAAGCAAUCAGCAGCCGCUUGAUUAUAAACGGAGGUUGCAGAUCUGUCGCCUGUGUAGUGUAAAUGCAUACUACCAAGCUCGAUUUUUUUCCGAAUAAGAGUUCAAACUAACCCUGCCAGAACAAAAAAAGGAGGGUGUCAACUUGCUUAAUAAUCCCACGGAGGAUUUGGUUCUCAAGCAAUAGAACAGAAUGAUUUCAACUUGCCCAUACUGAUUAUUAUGUUAAAAGGUGUAGUUAUGGUGUG